AUGGGGAUCGACUCGCGGCACCGGUUCAUUUGCGCGAAGGUUGCCGAGGUGUACGGGAUCCCCAACGUGGCGGUCGUUGAGAAGCUCGUACAGAACAACCUCGAGCACGUGACUUCGCUGUUCCAGAAGGAUGGCGUCCCGUGCGUGGCGUUCUCGUACGAGGCGCAGGAGGCGCAGGACGCGGCGGGGGAGUGGGCCAAGACGGAGAAGCCGCAGGUCCGGCUGGGCAUCCCCGCCGCGAGCCGCACGGAGCACCCCGUGGUCUACUUCGUGCGGUGCAACCCGAAGGGCGUGUCGGAGAAGUCGGUGGACGCGGACCUGUCGGUGUCGGUGACGACGGGCGAGGCGCUGGCCAACUUCCGCGCGCUGGUGGAGGAGCUGUUCGUGCCGGUGCUGCAGGAGCAGGCCGGGUGGGGCAAGAGCGCGCCGCAGGACGUGGCGGAGUUCCUGGGCCUGGCCAAGAAGUUUGGCGCGGUGCUGCGCGAGGCGUACGGGUCGCUGCAGAGCGGCAUCGAGCUGGCGCAGCCGGACGCGAAGAUGGUGGCGGACAUCGAGGUGAAGCCGUACGCGUUCAACAAGGCGGCGGAGGACCCGGCGGUGGUGCAGCACAUGGAGGGGGUGCUGGAGGGGUGGUGCGCGCAGGUGGAGGCGCUGCUGGACGACGAGUCGCGCGCGGACCGCGACGACGACGGGCCGGACGCGGAGCUGGAGUACUGGCGGUCGCGCGUGGCCAAGCUGAACAGCAUCACGGAGCAGCUGAAGAGCAAGGAGUGCCGCGUGGUGCUGGGGGUGUGCAUGGCGGCGCGCUCCAAGGCGCACCGGCACUGGAAGAUGAUCGACCUGCGCAUCACGGACGUGUCGAACGAGGCGAAGGACAACGUCAAGUACCUCCUCACGCUGGAGAAGUCGCUCGAGGCCAUGUACAACGGGGCGCCGCAGAACGUGAUUGACGCCAUGCCGACGCUGAUGAACAACGUCAAGAUGAUGCACACCAUCGCGCGGUACUACUCGACGCCGGAGCGCAUGACGAGCCUCCUGUGCAAGAUCACCUCGCAGCUCAUCACCAACUGCAAGCACCACCUCCUCGAGAAGGGCCGCGUGUGGGACCAGAACUACUCGGAGUUCCUCGAGCGCCUGCGCGUGUGCAUGCGCGUGCGGCAGUCGUACCAGGAGCAGUACUACGCGACCAAGGAGCGCGCGAUGCAGCAGUCCCGCGGCCGCGUGUUCGAGUUCGACGAGCAGAAGAUCUUCAACCGGUUCGACCUGUUCUGCAAGCGCGUGUCGAAGCUCAUCAGCAUGUUCACGACGGUGUCGCAGUUCGGGUCGCUCGCGCAGCACACGCACAUCGAGGGCCUCGGCGCCGUGAUCAAGCGCUUCGCGGAGAUCGCGGACGACAUGCGCCGCAAGCCGUACGACCUGCUGGACUACCUCGACAGCAAGUUCGACCGCGACCUGAUGGACUUCGACGUGCAGAUCCACGACCUCGAGACGCAGCUGCAGGCGUUCAUCAACUCGGCGUUCGAGAACAUCUCGUCGACCGAGCAGGCGCUCAACCUGCUGGCGCAGUUCGAGACGAUCCUGCAGCGCGACACGCUCAAGGCCGACCUGCAGGACAAGUACAUGGUCAUCUUCCACAACUACGGGUUCGACCUGGAGGCCGUGCAGGGCGUGUACGAGCGCCACAAGAGCUCCCCGCCGCUGCCGCGCAACGCGCCGCCCAUCGCCGGGAGCAUCAUGUGGGCGCGCCAGCUGCUGCGCCGCAUCGAGGAGCCCAUGCGGCGGUUCUCCACGAACCAGUCCAUCAUGGCGUCGCGCGAGGCGAAGAAGAUCGUCCGGAUGUACAACCGCGUGGCCCAGGCGCUGAUCAAGUUCGAGAUGCUCUGGGUCAAGUACUUCCUGGCCAAGAUCGACCGCGACAAGGCCGGGCUGAACGCGACGCUGCUCGUGCGGCACCCGGAGACGGGCCGCCUGCUGGUCAACUUCGACCGCGACAUUUUGCAGCUGAUGCGCGAGGCCAAGUACCUGCAGCGCAUGGGCAUCGAGAUCCCGGAGUCGGCGAAGAUGGUGCUGCUGCAGGAGGAGAAGUUCAAGUCGUACUACAACCAGCUGACGCACGUGCUGUCGGAGUACGAGCGCGUCGAGCGCGCGAUCCCCGCGGUGCUGAAGCCCAUCAUGGCGCCGCACAUCAUGGACCUGGAGCAGAAGAUCCAGCCGGGGCUCUACAUCCUGACGUGGACGUCGAUGAACAUCGACGCGUUCCUGUACAAGAUCCUCGACCGCAUGGGGAGCCUCGAGGAGCUCGUGCGCAAGGUCACGGACAUGCUGGACAACCGCGUGGAGGCCAACCUGAAGAAGCUCAGCCGCGCGAAGAUGGUCUCGAUGCCCACGGACCAGACGGUGACGUUCGAGGACUUCAUGCUCACGCAGUCCAAGUUCAUCAAGCGCAAGCUGGAGACCAUGAUCAUCCGCAACGGCGAGGUGCAGCGCGCGCUGGAGGACAUCGUGCAGGCGCUCGAGGACUACCCGCGCAACAACACGUCCAUGCGCAUCAUGCAGGCCGACGUGGACGAGCUCUGGCGCCACUACUCCCGCCUGAUGUACCAGGCCAUCCUGAAGUGCAUCAAGGCCUCCUUCCGGUCGAUGAAGGAGCGCCUGGGGUCGAGCAGCGGCGCCAUGGGCUUCCUGUUCGUGGAGCGGCCCUUCUUCGACGUCGACGUGGAGCUGUCGGUGCCCAACAUUACGCUCAACCCCACGCUCGAGUCGAUCCAGCACGCCAUCAACACCACGGCCAAGCGCAUCAUCGGCGCGGCCACGGAGCUGUCGGCGUGGGGGCCCGACCACCGCCCGGGCGACAGCUUCUUCAGCAAGCUCGCCGCGGACAAGGAGGUGGUCGUGUCGAUCCUGCUCCUCACGGGCAGCAUCGAGGGCCUGAAGAAGUCGGUGGUGGAGUACCUGGAGCAGUUCGACAAGUUCUCCUUCCUCUGGCGCAUGGACAUGCAGGCCGAGUACGACAACUUCAUGAAGACGGAGCCCGAGCUCGAGGACCUCGAGGUCGAGCUCAAGAAGUACGACGACAUCGAGCAGCAGAUCUCCUCGCUGCCGCCCGUGCACAACAUCGGGUGCCUGUCGAUCGAGACGCGGCCGCUGAAGAGCUCGCUCAAGGCCGAGGCCGCGGCGUGGAAGGCCAAGUUCUCGCAGAACCUGCACCAGCAGGGCAAGGAGCAGCUCGACGCGUUCACCGAGUACGUGCGCGACACGUCCAAGCAGCUCGAGUCGUACAACCGCAAGAUCGAGUCGCUGGACCUGGACGACGUGCGCAACCUGAUGUACACGCUCGCGGAGGUCCGGGAGAAGGAGGCGGACAUCGACAACGUCAUCAUGCCCGUCGAGGACAUGUACAACCUGCUGAUGCGCUUCGCCGUGCGCGUGCCCAAGGACGAGGCCGACCGCGUGUCCGACAUGCGGUACGGCUGGGAGAAGCUGCGCAAGCUCACGGCGGACAUCAACGAGAAGCUCACCAAGCAGCAGGCCGGCCUGAAGCGCGACCUCAUCGCGCAGGUCCGCGCCUUCCUGGUCGACGUGGCCGAGUUCCGCAAGUCGUGGGACCGCGAGGGGCCCAUGGUCCCGGGGCUGGAGCCGAUGGAGGCCAACUCGAAGCUGCAGCAGUUCAAGCCGGUGUUCGAGGCCAAGCGCACCAAGUGGCACCGCUACGAGGCUGGCGAGGAGCUGUUCGGGCUGCCGGUGACGCAGUACCCGGAGCUGGAGAAGACGGAGAAGGAGCUGCAGAACCUGGACAAGCUGUACGGGCUGUACGUGGACGUGGUGCAGACCGUCGAGGGCUUCUCGGGCAUGCUGUGGGUCGAGGUGGUGGAGCAGCUGCAGGUCAUGAUGGACAAGGUCAACUCGUUCCAGGCGCGCGUGAAGAAGCUGCCCAAGGCGCUGCGCGAGUGGCCCGCGUACAACGACUGCCGCAAGGCCAUCGACGACUUCCAGACGGUGGUGCCGCUCCUGGAGAUGUUCGCGGCCAAGGCGGUGCGCCCGCGGCACUGGCAGGAGCUGCAAACGGUGACGGGGCACACGCUGGACCUCGCGGAGGACCAGUUCCGGCUCGGGCAGCUGCUGGCGUGCAACCUGCUGGAGCACCAGGAGGAGCUGGAGGACCUGGCGAUGGGCGCGGUGAAGGAGGAGCAGAUCGAGCUCAAGCUGGCGAAGAUCGAGGAGGAGUGGAACGACAUGGUGCUGGUGUUCGCGGACUACCGCAACCGCGGGCCGGUGAUCCUGAAGGGCGGCGAGACGGCCGAGAUGAUCGAGAAGCUCGAGGACACGCAGAUGCAGCUGGGGAGCAUGGCCACCAACCGGUUCUCGGCGCCGUUCCGCGACGACGUGCAGUCGUGGGUGCUGAAGCUGUCGACGGUGUUCGAGGUGAUCGAGCAGUGGCUGGGCGUGCAGAACAUGUGGCAGAGCCUCGAGGUGGUGUUCAGCGGCGGCGACAUCGUCAAGCAGCUCCCGCAGGAGGCCAAGCGCUUCCAGAACAUCGACAAGAACUACAUGAAGGUCAUCACGUCCGCGCAGGAGAUCCAGAGCAUCGUGCAGACCUGCUACGGCAACGAGCUCAUGAAGAGCCUCCUCCCGCACCUGUCGGAGCAGCUCGAGCUGUGCCAGAAGUCGCUCUCGGCGUACCUCGAGGCCAAGCGCGCCGAGUUCCCGCGCUUCUACUUCGUGUCGGACACGACGCUGCUGCAGAUCCUGUCGGUCGGGUCGGACCCGGAGAAGGUGCAGCCGCACUUCCAGUCGGGCCUGUUCGACUCGCUGUCGCACGUGUCGUUCGACAAGAAGGACAAGUCGAAGAUCGUCGACAUGGCGUCGCGGCAGGGCGAGGUCGUGCCGAUGGACGCGCCCGUGGACACGUCGGGCAACAUCGAGGUGUGGCUGCAGCGCCUGGUGGACGGGAUGAAGGAGACGGUGAAGCAGGUCAUCAAGCGCGCCGUGCGCGAGGUCGACGAGCAGGGCCUGGACGAGUUCAUCUUCUCGCACCCCGCGCAGGUGUCCCUCCUGGGCAUCCAGCUGCAGUGGACCACGGACAUGCAGAACGGCCUCAGCGCGGCGCGCGCGGACAAGAAGAUCAUGUCGAACGUGACGAAGAAGACGGACGGCAUCCUGCGCGAGAUGGUGGAGCUGACGGUGACCAAGCCCAACCUGACGGCGAUGGAGCGCACCAACCUGGAGACGUGCAUCACCGUGCACGUGCACCAGCGCGACGUGUCGGACGAGCUCCUGCGCAAGCGCGUGCGCGACCCCACGGACUUCGAGUGGCUCAAGCAGUGCCGCUUCUACUGGAACGCGGACAAGGACACGGUCAUCAUCUCCAUCACCGACGUCGACUUCGAGUACUCGUACGAGUACCUGGGCGUCAAGGAGCGCCUCGUGAUCACGCCGCUGACGGACAUCUGCUACAUCACGCUCGCGCAGGCCCUCGGCAUGUGCCUCGGCGGCGCGCCCGCGGGCCCCGCCGGCACGGGCAAGACGGAGACCACCAAGGACAUGGGCAACACGCUCGGCAAGUACGUCGUGGUGUUCAACUGCUCGGACCAGUUCGACUUCCGGUACUGCGGCAAGAUCUACAAGGGCCUCGCGCAGUCGGGCCUGUGGGGGUGCUUCGACGAGUUCAACCGCAUCAACCUGGACGUGCUGUCGGUGUGCGCGCAGCAGGUGUUCUGCGUCCUGUCGGCCAUCCGCGAGCGCAAGCGCGAGUUCCUGUUCACGGACGGGUGCACGGUCCCGCUGGACCCGCGCGUGGGGUACUUCAUCACCAUGAACCCCGGGUACGCCGGCCGCCAGGAGCUGCCGGAGAACCUCAAGUCGCUCUUCCGCGGCGUGACGAUGAUGGUGCCCAACCGGCAGAUCAUCAUGAAGGUCAAGCUCGCGUCGUGCGGGUACCAGGAGAACGACAUCCUCGCCAAGAAGUUCUUCGUCCUCUACGGGCUCUGCGAGCAGCAGCUCUCCAAGCAGCGCCACUACGACUUCGGCCUGCGCAACAUCCUGUCGGUCCUGCGCACGGCGGGCGCGUCCAAGCGCACCAACCCGGACAAGUCGGAGGUGUACCUGAUGAUGCGCACGCUGCGCGACAUGAACAUGUCCAAGUUCGUGGCCGAGGACGUCCCGCUCUUCCUCUCGCUCAUCGACGACCUGUUCCCGGGCCUCAAGGUCGAGCGCGCGACGUUCGCGGACGUCGAGAGCGCGCUGCGGCAGGAGGUGGACAAGAAGGGGCUGCAGCAGCACAAGGACUGGCUGAACAAGUGCAUCCAGCUGUACGAGACGUACCUCGUGCGGCACGGCAUCAUGCUCGUCGGCCCCACGGGCGGCGGCAAGACGGCCAUCUGCGAGUGCCUCGCGGGCGCGCUCACCACGCUCGGCCGCAAGCACCUGAUCUGGAAGAUGAACCCCAAGAGCAUCACCGCGCCGCAGAUGUUCGGCAUGCUGGACAACGCCACGCAGGACUGGACCGACGGGAUCUUCGCCGUGCUCUGGCGCAAGGCCGCGCGCGAGUCCAAGGCGCAUAACACGUGGAUCGUGCUCGACGGGCCCGUGGACGCCAUCUGGAUUGAGAACCUCAACACGGUGCUGGACGACAACAAGGUGCUGACGCUGGCCAACGGCGACCGCAUCCUGAUGACGCCGGAGAUGAAGGCCAUGUUCGAGCCGGAGAACCUCAACAACGCGUCCCCGGCGACGGUGUCGCGCGCGGGCAUCAUCUACGUGUCGGACACCGAGCUGGGGUGGAAGCCCGUCGUCACGUCGUGGCUGCAGCGCCGGAAGGCGGACCUGUCGCGCGGGCAGGAGUGCGAGCUGCUCGAGCCCAUGUUCGAGAAGUUCGCCGAGCCGGUCCUGGAGCAGAUGCGCAUCGGGCACAUCAAGAACGCCAUGCAGAACCAGCCGGUGUGCAUGAUCACGUCGCUGCUCGACCUCCUCCGCGCCAUCCUCGCGCCCUUCGUGUCGGACGGCGCGUUCUGCCCCGAGGACCACCUGGAGCGCCUCUUCCUGUACGCGCUGUGCUGGGCGGUGGGCGGCGUGGUGGACCUCAAGGGCCGCUCGCUGGUCGACGCCGAGCUGCGCAAGCACACGAAGAACAUGCCGGAGCUCGAGGACGAGGAGGACACCAUCUUCGAGUACAUGGUGGACCCGGAGAGCACCAACUGGGCGCACUGGAAGGGCCAGGUGCACCAGUGGCAGUACCCCAAGGGCGUGGAGAAGCCCGAGUUCGCGUCGCUCGUCAUCCCCACGCUCGACAGCGCGCGCCUCGAGCACCUCAUCCGCAUGUGCACCAGCGUGAACAAGCCCGUGCUGCUGGUGGGCGGCGCCGGCACGGCCAAGACCACGGUGAUCAACAGCUUCAUCGCGGGCCUCGACCCCGAGCACCACAGCUCGAAGAUCGUCGCGUUCUCGUACCUCACGACGCCCGGCAUCUUCCAGCGCGCCAUCGAGGCCGGCCUGGAGAAGAACCCCGGGCGCAUCUUCCGCCCGGCGGGCGGGAAGAAGCUGGCGGUGUUCAUCGACGACAUCUCGAUGCCGCGCGUGAACGAGUGGGGCGACCAGAUCACGAACGAGCUCACGCGGCAGCUCCUCGAGCAGCGCGGGUUCUACCAGCACGACAAGCCCAUCGGGGACUUCAAGACCAUCGACGACCACUGGUACUUCGCGGCGAUGAACAUCCCCGGCGGCGGCAAGAACGACGUGCCCAACCGCCUCAAGCGCCAGUUCCAGCUCGUGCACGUGCCGCUCCCGACCAAGGCCGUGAUCCACAACAUCUUUGGCACGCUGGUCGCGGGGCGCUUCGACCCGGAGUACUUCUCGCCCGAGGUGGUCGAGGAGGCCGGGAAGCUGGUGCCGAUGACGAUCGCGCUGUGGACGCAGGUGCAGGCCAAGAUGCUGCCCACGCCCGCCAAGUUCCACUACCUGUUCAACAUCCGCGAGCUCUCCAAGGUGUUCCAGGGCGUCAUCCUCGCGAGCACCGACCGCUUCUCCAAGGCGGCCAAGGGCGGCACCUUCGGCGGCGGCGUCACCACGCCCGAGGGCUACCUCAUCGGCCUGUGGAUGCACGAGUGCCGCCGCGUCUUCAUCGACAAGCUGGCCACCGCCGAGGACAAGCAGUGGACCGAGGAGCUCCUCGAGCAGCUCCUGCGCGACAACGUGUCGGAGGGCCUCGUGUCGCAGGUCGCGGACCCGCUGUUCUUCGUGGACUUUUUGCGCGAGCCCAUCGAGGACCCGGAGACGGGCGAGGUGAUCGACGAGUUCCCGUCGUACUACGAGGCGGUGGCGGGCGGCCUGGACGACAUCCGGAGCCGCGUGGAGGCCAAGCAGCAGCAGUUCAACGAGAACUCGCGCGGGUCGAAGCUGGAGCUGGUGUACUUCAACGACGCGCUGCAGCACCUGAUGCGCAUCUCGCGCCUGCUCACGAUGGACCGCGGGUCGGGCCUGCUCGUGGGCGUGGGCGGGUCGGGGAAGCAGUCGCUGUGCCGCAUGGCGUCGUACAUCAGCGGCGCGUACACGUUCCAGAUCACCAUCACCAAGACGUACAACAUGACCAACCUGUUCGAGGACCUCAAGGCGCUGUACAAGAUCGCGGGCCUCAAGGGGCAGAAGGUGUGCUUCCUGUUCACGGACAGCGAGGUCAAGGACGAGGCCUUCCUGGAGAGCAUCAACCAGAUCCUCAUGACGGGCGAGGUCGGCGGGAUGUUCCCCAAGGACGAGCAGCUGGCCAUCAUGGGCGACGUGCGCCCCGUGAUGCGCAAGGCCGCGCCGCAGAUCCUCGACACGCCGGACAACCUGUGGUCGUUCUUCAUCAACCGCGUCCGCCAGAACCUGCACGUCAUGCUGUGCUUCUCCCCCGUCGGCGAGAAGUUCAGCCGCCGCGCGCAGCAGUUCCCGGGCCUGAUCAACGGGUGCACCAUCGACUGGUUCAUGCCGUGGCCCGAAGACGCGCUCGUGGCCGUGUCGCAGAAGUUCAUUGGCGACUUCGACAUGGCCUGCGAGGACGACGUCAAGGCGCACCUGCAGCAGAUGAUGGGCCACGUGCACAUCUACGUGACCAAGGCGUGCGCCGAGUACUUCGAGCGCUUCCGCCGCCACGUGUACGUCACGCCCAAGUCGUACCUGGCCUUCAUCAACGGGUACCAGGACCUCUACUCGCGCAAGCGCAACUUCGUGCAGGGCCUCGCGGACCAGAUCAACGGCGGCCUGGCCAAGAUGAACGAGGCGAAGGAGGACGUGAACAAGCUCAAGGCCGAGCUCGUGGUCAUGAACCGCACCGUCGAGGUCAAGUCCGCCGAGGUCAAGCAGCUCCUCGCGCAGAUCUCCGAGCAGACGGCCAUCGCGGAGAAGGAGAAGCAGAAGGCGUCCUCGAUCGCCGCCGUCGCCAACGCCAAGGCCGCGGAGAUCGGCGUGCAGGAGGCCGAGGCCAACAAGGACCUCGCCGCGGCCGAGCCGGCGUUGCGCGAGGCCGAGGAGGCGGCCAAGUCGAUCAAGGAGAAGGACAUCAAGGCCGUGAUGGGCAUCCGCCCGUCGCCGCCGCCCCUGGUGAAGCGCGUGUUCGACUGCGUGCUGCUGCUCAAGCACCUCUACGUGCAGCCGCUGGCGUGGGAGACGGCCGAGGUCAAGUCGAUGGACCUGGACGGGAAGGAGGGCAAGCUGACCACGGAGGUGCCCGUGCCGACGUGGGAGGAGGCCAUCCGCCUGGACGCCGGGAAGCUGCCGUACGACAUCUCGACCUUCCUCGAGAACGGCUACAUGAACGACGAGGUCACGGAGCUGCUCUUCCCCUACACGCAGACGCCCGACUUCCACCCCGACAUCGCCAAGAAGGCGUCCGGCGCGCUCAUGGGCCUCUGCGCGUGGUCGAAGGCCAUGGUCAAGUACCACAACGUGGCCAAGGUCGUGGAGCCCAAGCGCGAGGCGCUGCGCAGUGCGCAGAUGGAGCUCAAGGCGGCGAUGAAGGAGAAGAAGGCGGCGGACGACACGCUGGCGGAGGUGCAGGCGCAGGUGGACGCGCUGCAGGCCAAGUUCGACGACGCCAUGCGCGAGAAGCAGGCGCUCGAGGACCAGGCGGCGGCGUGCAGCCGGAAGAUGGACGCGGCGGCCAACCUGCUGCACGCGCUCGCGGGCGAGGAGACGCGCUGGAACCAGCAGAGCGCGGAGUUCGACGACCAGAUCCGCCGCCUGACGGGCGACUGCGCGGUGGCGAGCGCCUUCGUGUCGUACCUGGGCCCGUUCAACAAGGAGUUCCGCGAGCUGCUGCUGCGGCGCGACUUCUACCAGGACUGCGUGGACCUGGCGGUGCCGGUGACGAAGGACCUGCGCGUGGCGCGCUUCCUGGUGGACGACUCGGAGAUCGGCGAGUGGAACCUGCAGGGGCUGCCCACGGACGAGCUGUCGAUCCAGAACGGCAUCAUGGUGACGCGCGCGGCGCGCUACCCGCUCAUGGUGGACCCGCAGGGGCAGGCGCGCUCGUGGCUGGUGCGGCGCGAGGCCGACAACCGGCUGCAGGUGACGUCGCUGAACGACAAGUGGUUCCGCAACCACCUGGAGGAGUGCCUGUCCGAGGGGCGCCCCAUGCUGAUCGAGAACGUCGAGGAGGAGCUCGACCCGCUCCUGGACCCGGUGCUGGAGCGGCGCGUGGUGAAGAAGGGCCGGUCGAUGAUCAUCCAGCUCGCGGACAAGGAGGUGGACUUCUCGCCGUCGUUCCGGCUGUACGUGACGACGCGGCUGCCGAACCCGCACUUCUCGCCCGAGCUGUCGGCCAAGGUGACGGUGGUGGACUUCACGGUGACGCUCGAGGGCCUGGAGGACCAGCUCCUGGGCAAGCUCAUCCUGCGGGAGCGCUACGAGCUGGAGGAGCAGCGGCAGCAGCUGAUGGCCGAGGCCAACUCGUACAAGCGCAAGAUCAAGCAGCUGGAGGACGACCUGCUGUUCCGCCUGUCCAACUCCCAGGGCAACCUGCUGGACGACACGGAGCUGAUCGACGUGCUGGCCAACACGAAGAAGGUGGCGCAGGACGUGACGGCCAAGCUGGCCACGGCGGAGGAGACGAACGACAAGAUCACGGAGGCGUGCGAGGAGUUCCGCCCCGUGGCGCACCGCGCGGCGCUGAUCUACUUCCUCAUCGCGCAGUUCUCGACGGUCAACGUGAUGUACCAGACCUCGCUCAAGCAGUUCGAGGAGCUGUACGACCAGUCGAUCGAGCACAGCGAGAAGGCCGCGAUGCCCAGCAAGCGCAUCCAGAACAUCAUCGACUUCAUGACGUACCACAUCUACAUCUACAUCCAGCGCGGGCUGUUCGAGCGCCACAAGCUCACCUUCGCGCUGAUGCUGACGAACAAGAUCCUCGUGUCGGCGGGCGCGGUCAAGCACCGCGACGUGGACAUCUUCAUCAAGGGCGGCGGCGCGCUCGACAUCAACGCCGUGCGCAAGAAGCCCAAGGAGUGGAUCCCGGACAGCGUGUGGCUCAACGUGGUCGCGCUCUCGGGCAUGGAGGCCUUCUCGGACAUCCAGGACCGCGUGGCGGGCAACGACAACCUGUGGAAGGCGUGGUACGACCUCGAGGCGCCCGAGGCGGAGCGCAUCCCCGUGUACGAGGACCACCUCACGCGGUUCGAGCGCAUGUGCAUCGUCAAGGCGUUCCGCGAGGACCGCACGCUGAUCGCGGCCGACGAGUACAUCAGCGACGGCCUGGGCAAGCGCUUCGUGGAGUCGGUCCCGCUCAGCAUGGAGAAGGCGUGGACGGAGAGCCACCCGCGGUGCCCGCUGAUCUGCCUGCUGUCGCGCGGCGCGGACCCGACCAAGCUGAUCGAGGACCUGGCCAAGAAGAAGAAGAAGAAGAUCCUCGGCGUGAGCAUGGGGCAGGGGCAGGAGGUGAUCGCGCGGUCGUACAUGAAGCAGGCCAAGGAGGAGGGCCACUGGGUGCUCCUGCAGAACACGCACCUCGGGCUGUCGUACCUGACCGAGGUGGAGCAGAACCUGACCAAGGACGAGCUGCACCCGGAGUUCCGCCUGUGGAUCACCGCGGAGCCGCACCCGCAGUUCCCCAUCGGGCUCCUGCAGAUCGGGAUCAAGAUCACCAACGAGGCGCCCGUGGGCAUGAAGGCCGGCCUGCGCAGCUCGUACGCGUGGGUCAACCAGGACAUGCUCGACGCGGUGCCGCGCGCCGAGUGGCGGCAGCUGCUGUUCGUCAUGUGCUUCCUGCACAGCAUCACGCAGGAGCGCCGCAAGUUCGGGUCGAUCGGGUGGAACAUCCCGUACGAGUUCAACCAGUCGGACCUGUCGGCGUGCGUGCAGUUCCUGCAGAACCACCUCAUGGAGAUGGACGCGAAGAAGGCGCAGCAGCCGACGUGGGAGACGGUCCGGUACAUGAUCAGCGUCAUCAUGUACGGCGGCCGCAUCACCGACGACUUCGACCAGCUCCUCAUGAACACCUACGCCGAGAAGUACUUCCACACGGGCGUCCUGCAGCCGGGCUACGAGCUCUUCAAGGACCCCAAGUCGGGCUUCCAGUACUUCAUCCCCGAGGGCCUCGAGGUGGAGCAGUACCGCCAGUACAUCGAGAACCUCCCCUCGCAGGACUCCCCGGAGAUCUUUGGCCUGCACACCAACGCGGACCUCACCUUCCGCAGCCUCCAGGUGCAGGACGUGGUCCGCGUCAUCAUCGACACGCAGCCCAAGUCCGGCGGCGGCUCCAGCGGCAUGUCGCGCGAGGAGCAGGUCGACCAGAUCGCCGCCGACCUGCUCUCCAAGACGCCCUCCAUGUUCGAGCCCGAGGAGGUCCGCGAGCGCCUGCGCAAGCUCCCCGGCGGGCCCACGCAGCCGCUCACGGUGCACCUGCGGCAGGAGGUGGACCGCCUCAACACGGUGCUGUCCAUCACGCGCCGCACGCUGCGCAACCUGCGCCUGGCCAUCGCGGGGACCAUCAUCCUCACGCCCGACCUCCAGGACGCGCUCUCCGCGCUGUUCAACGCGCGCAUCCCGCAGCAGUGGCUGGCCAAGUCGUGGGAGGCGGCCACGCUGGGCAACUGGUUCGGCGGGCUGGUGGCGCGGUACGAGCAGCUGUACAAGUGGCUGCACCACGGCCGCCCGCGCGCGUUCUGGCUGACGGGCUUCUUCAACCCGCAGGGCUUCCUCACGGCGAUGAAGCAGGAGGUCAACCGCAAGCACGCCAACGACAAGUGGGCGCUGGACGACGUCAUCAUGACGUCCGAGGUGACGCACCCGCCCAAGGAGUUCGAGACGCUCAAGGACGCGCCGAGCGAGGGCGUGUACGUGUGGGGCCUGUACCUGGACGGGUGCGCGUGGUCGGGCCGCGAGAACAAGCUGGUCGACUCGGAGCCCAAGAAGCUCUUCCACCCGCUGCCCAUCCUCUACGUCACGGGCUGCCUCGCGCGCGACAAGAGCAAGGAGAAGUCCUACUCGUGCCCGUGCUACCGCGUCAAGGCGCGCAAGGACAUCAACUACGUGUGCUCCUUCGACCUCAAGACGGAGGAGCCCAGCAGCAAGUGGGUCAUGCGCGGCGUCGCGCUCCUGUGCUCCAUCGACUAG